UGCCAUGAUUGCAUCACUGAAUGCGUGGCUGAGCUGUUCAAAGACCUGCUUUCAAGGAGGUGACAUUACUACUGUUUACACCAAGCGCCGAGCACUGCCAAGUCAUCAGCACCCUUCACCCAAGGUGUUUGCUCAUCACAUUUAUGGCUGAGUCAUCAGCUAAAGAUUCUACCAGAUGUAACAUCUGUCUUUUGAAGAAUACCCAAACGGGGACACCAACCAGAAUAAUGAAGCUCAGUGAAGUGGUAUCUAGAUUUUCACUGAAAUCCUGUGUACUUUCUCACCUGGCUUGUAUUUGGGACAUUUUCCCCAGUACAGCAUUUGCAGACAGUAACAUCGACAGUGUCAUGGCUCCCGAUGACUUUAGCUGUCGCAGCAUUUGUACUUACCAUCCCAGUUGUUUGUUUCUUACCUUCUUUUCUCAAGAAUCGCCAAAGGAAUCUGAAAGAAAUCUUUGUCUCCUUAAAACAUCUAAAGGCAGGUUACCAAGUACACGCACUAAAAAGAACAGAGCUAUUUCUGGUUUCAGUCCACAAAGCUGCAGGCACAGCAUCCCAGUGAUCUGCCACACUCCAUUUUACCAUGACACUGAUUUCUUGGGAGAAGAACUGGAUGCUAUUGAUGUAAAAGGGCAUAGAGCCUGCCAGAGAAUGUGUACCGACACCAUCUGCUGCCAAAUUUUUUUUACCUAUUUUCCACCUCAAGAAUCUGACCAUGGAGGGAAUUAAGACACAAGAAGGGGUAAAUGUUACUUAAAAGUUUCUUCAAAUGGAUCUCCAACUAAAAUACUUCAUAGGACAGGAGGCAUCUCUGGAUAUACAUUAAGGUUAUAUAAGAUUGAUAAUGAAUCCAUUCUGCACCCUCCUUCCUUCAUUAUGUUCUUCUCUGUUGACAAUAUGAACUCUAUUCUAGUAGAGUCACUUAAAGAUUUGCAUGUCUAUGAUGGCAUUUUAUAUCAAUCGCAAGUAAAAGAGAAUACAACUUUCUUUGGGGUUCCAGAACUAAUAAUUCAUGUUCAAUAUCAAAUGGAAGAAAGUGGGUAUGAUAUUGCCUUGUUGAAACUGCAAACAAGAAUGAAUUACAGGAGUUUUCAAUGACCCAUAUGCCUACCUUCCAAAGCAGAUAGAGAUGUAAUAUAUACUGAUUGCUGGGGGACUGGAUGGGGCACAGAGAAAUUCACAGGCAAAAUACAAAAUACUCUCCAGAAAACCAAGAUACCCCUGAUGAUGGCAAGAUACCCAGGACAUAAGAUAACCAAUCAGAUGAUCUGUGCAGGCUAUAAAGACGGAGGGAAGGACACCUGUAAGGGGAGAAUUGGGGACCCCCUGUCCUGUAAACACAACAAGGCCAGGUAUCUGGUGGGCAUCACAAGUUGGGGCGAUGGCUGUGCCAAAAAGGAGCGACCAGGCAACUACACCAAUGUGGUCAAGUAUGUGGACUGGAUUUUGGAGAAAACUCAGCAGCCCCAGAGUCCCCAGAUGGCAUUUGGCUCCCUGGGGGGCCAAGCAGAUCACUCCCUGGGAGACAGUCUUGAUUUCGCUGGAGGAGGCACUGUGCCCCCAUUGUCCUCCACAGGUUACAAUGCCAAGACAGUAACGGAUUGA